AUGGACGGAGGGCCUGUAUUUUCCCUCGAAAACAUUUUAAACGAGAACCAUGCGCAUUUAGAGCAUCCGGGCGUCAAUGGAGACGAGACAGAGCCAUCACCUACACCCGUUAAGGCCGGAAUGUGCAUAGAGUGUGAAGACCAACCUGCCGAAGUAUCCUGCGAGACCUGUGCCGACGUUUUUUGUGAAGUUUGCUAUGCAUCUCAACAUCGAAAGGGCUCGAGACAAAAACAUGUCAUGAAACCGUUGUCUGUCCAAGAAAAAAAGAAAGUCAACGGCUCAGUGGCAGAUACUCAAGAGCCUGAAGCAAUGGAGGAGGAGGACGACGGAGAUAAUGAGUGGGAGCGUGUGGUCCCUAUUACUUCCACCGAGGUUUUACUCUCUGCCCAACCUGCUGUCGGGACAUCUGUGGGAGAGUGGUUCGUUCAACGAGCGGCCUUCAUACCAAUUCGGUUGACCCUUUCUGAACGAAAAUUUCUUCGACUGUUGGAGGCCGCGUUGUCAGUGUCGGAAUAUACGGACAAGAUCGAUACCAUUGGAUUUGGGUACAGCAAGGCGAAGAGGAUAGUCCAUCAAAUCCGAGAACUUUGCGCUAUCAUGUCUGGCCUUCUCUUGUCUGCAGACUACAAGCGCGGUCAAGAGCUUUUCACGGACCGUGACUUCAAAGCCAACGACGAGUUUUAUCAAGAUCUAUUCGAGCUCGGAAGGCGAUACAAAAUCAUGAACCCUCACACGAUGCGUUCGACAUAUGGAAAGCUGAUAUACCUCUUGAUGGACAGCCAAAGUCCAGAGGUCAAGGACAUGCUCGGGUUCUCUUGCGUCCGGCCAAUAAAAACAGUCCACUCUCUCUUGGAAGAGUGCAACGCGCUGGACCUCUUACGCGACGACCUUAUCACCGUGGCCACCAAGGAAAUUUAUGCAGAGGGGCGAAGUAGGCGAGACGUCCAAAAGGAUAUCAAGUCCAAGGAGAAGGCAAUUGAGACGCUCGCCACACGAUAUGUUCGUCAAGGCCUGAGCCGCGAUGACAUUCGACAGUGUUUGUACAGCAUUGGCGACAACCACGCUUUCUUACGCACUAACCGUGACCCUUGCGAACGAAUGAUCGCAUAUCUAAAGCAAUAUUUCCACCCAACGGAAGCAAAAGACUCCAAAGUCAGUCUGGCAAUUCGGAGUGGGAAGAAUGGUGCUCGGUUGUCGCAUGACCACAGCAAGCAAUAUGCCUAUGUUAUCCAGAGCCUGACGCUAUGGCGGGAGAUUUUGCAUGAUUUCUUCCAUUUAUGGAGUUUAGCUGAGAACGAUCUACUAUCGGAGAACGUGCCCUAUCGACUAAGGGACACUGGCCAGGGCCUCAAUCGAGUCCAGGCGUCGCCCAAGACUUCUCGGUUGAUGCACCAAAUCCUCAACAAGGCACAGCAAAGUGUCGGUCAGUGGAUUGGCUCGAGUGUUAUCCAUAUGGGCGACCACAACGUCCCUAAUGCUCUUUUGUUCAUAGACAAAUAUACCCAGAUUUACCGCAUCCUCCUGCCUAUAUGCAACACGCUGGGUCAAAUUGACGAUCUCGCCACCAAGCCUGCCAUUCGUUCCUAUAUCGAUGACGAAUUUGGCGGGCCUGAUAACCUUCGACGCGAAAUCUUAGGGGACUUCUUCAGACACGGCUUCGAUGGCUCUGGGGCGGACAACUUCUUCGACGCGGGAAGCUGCAUUGACGGCCGUCUCACCAGCGCGUGGAACUGGUGCUCAGCGCUCGAGAAGAAGCGUUAUUUCCAUGUUUUCUUGCUCACAGGCUUUGUGGGCUUCGAUGGCGAGUGGUGA